UUCCAGUUAAAGGCAGAUGAUGCAUGAAGGUUUAUUUAUUUAGGUUUCCAACUGAACUGCACUUUGUAAUGCUUUACGCAUCAAUUAUGAACAUAUGCAGGUAUAUAUGGUAGAAUUAUAUCAAGAUACAUUGGUCGAUCUUUUGCUACCGAAGUUUGCAAGGAGAUUAAAACUAGAUAUCAAAAAGGAUUCAAAGGGCAUGGUAUUUAUAGAAAAUGUGACGGUUGAAUCCAUUACAACAGUUGAAGAAUUGAACCUCAUCAUUCAGAGAGGAUCUGAACGUCGUCAUACAACUGAGACGUCGAUGAAUGAACAGAGUUCAAGAUCCCAUCUAAUACUUUCCAUUGUUGUUGAGAGUACCAACCUUCAAACUCAAUCCAUUGCUAGAGGAAAGCUUAGUUUUGUGGACCUUGCUGGUUCUGAGAGAGUGAAAAAAUCAGGUUCUUCCGGUAGUCAACUCAAGGAAGCUCAAAGUAUCAAUAAGUCACUUUCUGCACUUGGGGAUGUUAUCAGUGCUUUAUCGACUGGCAAUCAACACAUACCUUAUAGGAAUCACAAGUUGACAAUGUUAAUGAGUGAUUCACUUGGUGGUAAUGCUAAAACAUUGAUGUUUGUGAACAUAUCUCCAGCAGAGUCAAACUUGGACGAGACUUACAAUUCACUGACGUAAGUUAUUAUAUCUUUGUCAUCUGUGAUUAUGGUCAUUGUACUCAAUGUUUGAAAACCCGGACCAGACCGGCUGAUCACUGGUGACCGGACCUAGUUUUGGUCAGGAUGACCCUCGAAACCCGGACUAUGUUCAAAACCGGCUUAGAAUUUGAAAACCGGAGAACUACCGGCUCAAUUGGAAUAACUGGCGAACUGGUCACGGGUUGAUAUAAGAACCGGCUGGAUUUAAAGAAUUGAAGUUACCAGUUCGAUAUAAGAACCGGCUGGAUUUAAAGAAUUGAAGUUUCUUCCAAAAAUAUGUUGUGGAAAGGGCUUGAACAUAGAACCAAAUGUAUAAAAGCAAGCACUCAAACCACUAUGCCAUCAACACAA